AGCAAAGUAGGAAACCAGCAGCAGCAGCAGCAGCAGAGAAACUGAAGAUUUGCUUUAUGUGAGCACAAAACCAGUGGGCAGGCACAAGCACUCCACUCGUGACCUCGCUCCUUGCUAUAAGUAUCUGACCAGACAGGCACAUCCAGAUCCAGCACUCCCUUUCGUUCGUUCAUCUUAACAAUCAAUCAUCACCAAAUCCAAAACACAGAGGAGGGCGUCAUCGGCAGCAGGCAGAUCAUCGAUGGAAUCAAAGAUGGAGAGGAUGAGCUCGUGGGUGGAGGAACACAAGCUCGCAACCAUCGGAGGCGUGUGGGCUGCGGCGGUGGGCUCCUCGGUGGCGUACAGCCGGCGGAGGGCGCCGCAGCGGGCGACGAGCCUGCGCCUCAUCCACGCCAGGAUGCACGCCCAGGCACUCACCCUCGCCGUGCUGGGGGGAGCCGCCGCCAUGCACUACUACACCAAGACGAGCAAGACCAGCGCCGACGCCGACCUCGACUUCUACGCGCACCUGCCGCCGGCAACCGACGCCGACGGCAACGAGAACGAGCGAUGGAGCUGGUAAACUCUCGCUAGCAGUUGCAGCCCAUCCAUGGAGAAGAAGGAAUUGGGGAAUAAACUACUAGUAGUUGCAGCUAGCAAUAAUUGGGGACGGAGGCACCCAUGACGUGACGGGUUAAUUUGUCCUAAUCCAUCCAGCUACCAAGUCUCGCCGCCCAUGGUUUUCUUUACAUUAUCCAUCCACAUCAUGACCGGCUGGCUGGCUGGCCCACGGAUUCCUUCUGUUUCGCCGGAGCUAGAGACGACAAGACUAUUCCAUGCCAUCGAGUGCAGAGAAAUAUUUGUAUCUUUGGACAGCAGCUGGGUAUGUAUGUAGGGUAAGGAAGGGUAGUAUUUCUCUUUAUUUCCAUGGUUGAGGCUGAAGGUGCUGCUGCCUUCUUCCCCUGUA